CUCUUAGCAUUUCUUUAUCGUUUAUAAUUUUGAUGGAGUUUAUGACUAGAUAGGGAAAAAAUGGGGUUUUCGAUUAUAAUCUUGUUUUGUGAUUGGCUGGUUCUCGAGCUGUAUUUUUCUUUUUUUGUCAUUACCGGCUUCAAUUGAUUUUUGUUGGCUUCUUCUUGUUUGGUGGCUGGGGGGUUUUGCUUGCCUGUCUUGUGCUUUGCUUGGUCUGUUGAUCUUUUAGUUGUAUAUAUUUUGACAUUUUAGCUGAGAGGAACUGUCAAUUAAUGCAGAAAGUUUUAUCCUUUUCUUAGAAUUAUUUAGAGGCUGAUGGUUUGGGAGCUUAUUUUUUUAAUUUAUUUUUUUGUUGCCUUUGUUACUUGCAGAAUGCCUUUUCUAAUAACAUAUUUUAAUUGCUUUAUCUCAUGGUUUCUACUCUUGUGCUGGUGGUCCAUAGGCAGCUUUGUUCCAUGCAUGCUCUUGUUUUGCAGUUCAUGUUUGAGUUGAAAGGUUUCUUCUUUGUGGUCUUCAGUUUCCUAAAUUCAUCUUCUGGACUCCAAAUCGAGUUUCUGUAGUUUCAACAUUUACUUAUAGGUAAUCAAUUACAAUAAUAAUAAUAAAAAACAUGCAUCCUCCUAAUUUUACCUGGAUUUUCUCCAGAUUAUUUAAUGAUUGUUGAUGUCCUGGUGGUUUUCUUUAUUAUUAUUUUUUUUUUCCUUUUGUUGGUUAUGCUAUCAGUUGUUGCCUAGAACCAGAUCUCGUUCUUCAUUGAGUACAAAAUUGCUGGCUACCUGCUUUGGUAGUCUUAAUAUAAGGGGUGCCCAUUAGCAACGAUCUGUUCCGUUGUCAUGUGGCUGGAAGUGAAGUGUCUACCUUCUUCUUGUGACAUAACAAAUGUUCAACCAGCAAGGGCAAGUCGCUUGAGGAAACAGGCCGCAUCAUUGAUGCAACACCAUCGACCAACUGGAAGAGAUGGUAAUGCUCUAAAGCCUACUAUAUCACCUGCAAGUUGUGAUAGCUCAAUGGAGGUGGCACCUUAUAAUCCUGCAGUUACCCCUAGUAGUUCUUCAGAUUUUAAGGGCAGGAUGGGAGAGUCAAGUUAUAGUCUUAAGACAUCAACAGAAUUGCUCAAGGUGCUGAAUCGGAUCUGGAGCCUUGAAGAGCAGCAAGCAUGCAAUAUGUCGUUGUUAAGAGCGUUAAAAAUGGAACUGGAUGAUUCUCAGUCACAAAUAAAAGAGCUGCUCAAGGAGAAGCAAGCAGAUAGGCAAGAAAUGGACAUCUUAAUGAAACAACUUGCAGAAGAUAAAGUUGUCAGGAAGAACAAGGAGCAAGACCGAAUCAAAUAUGCUGUUCAGUCAGUGCAAGAAGAACUGGAAGAUGAAAAGAAGUUGAGGAAGCACUCAGAGAGCCUCCACCGGAAGCUGGCCCGAGAGCUUUCUGAGGUAAAAUACUCUUUCUCUAAUGCUUUAAAAGAGCUCGAGAGAGAAAGGAAAGCCUGUUUUUUGUUGGAAAAUUUGUGUGAUGAGUUUGCCCAGGGAAUAAGAGAUUAUGAGCAAGAGGUGCGGUCCCUUAGGCACAAAUCUGACAUGGAUAGUGUAGAUAGGGAAAAACCUGACCGGUUGGUUCUCCAUAUUUCAGAAGCAUGGCUUGAUGAACGGAUGCAAAUGAAACUAGCAGAAGCUGAAAGUGAUCCUGUUGGAAAGAAUACAAUUGUUGAUAAAUUAGGUCUGGAUAUUGAAACCUUUCUUCAAGCUAGACUCUCCAAUGAAUUGAAGAAAGACAGUAGCUUUGCAAAGGAGGGAAUAAAGAAUUGCUCACGGCGGGAAUCAUUUCCAUUGAAUGACAAUGCAAGCGCACCUCAAGCUGCAGCUGAUGAAGAUUCUACCGACAGUGAUUCACAUUGUUUUGAACCAAACAAGGGUGCAAGCAAAAGACAAACCACAUGCAACUCCAAACAAGAAGUAGAUAAUGCUUCAGAAAUUCGUCUUGAGAAGAUAUUGUUCUCAAAUUCUAAGAAGAGAAUGGCUGGAUCGGGGGAAAACACUAAGGUUCAUAACCAAGUCAAUUUCCAGGUGCAGUUUGAAGAACACGUGGCUGGAAGCAAAAACCGAUUUCCAGAUAGAGGGCAGAAUGAAUUUAGAGUAGAGAGCCAGGGUUUAUCCAGUAUCUGUGAAACUAAACAAGAUGGUCAACACGAAAGGAAAAGUAAACAGAUGGGGGCCCAUGGAUUGAACUCUAAUUAUAUGAUAGAUACCCUAACAAGACAUCACUCCUUGUCAUCUGAGGGUGAUAAAACUCAUCCCGUCAGAGAUUUCAAGGAAGAUGCUUGUGCUCAGCCUGUAUUUGUAGGUCAUGCUAGUCCAGUACAACAAUGGAUGUCAAAGUUGAAAUCCCCUGAAUUUGAGAAGUCUGAGUCUUCCUUAAAAGUGACCAGGGUCUUGAAGGAAAAUACACUGAAGGCGAAGCUACUUGAAGCAAGAUUGGAGGGCCAGAAAUCUUGCUUUAAGAGCUUCUAAAGCUAUCAUUUAGGUUGAUAGGGGAAGGUGGAUAAGCCUGGAGGAAGAAUCUUCUCCAUUAGAAACUUCUGCACGAAAGUGGUGUCCAAGAUCUUCCGUGUUGCCUAUUUUAUUUCCUUCCAGUUGUAAAUUUUGGAACUAUAUUUGUAGAUGGGAAGUGUACGUGUUCUGGGGUGAUCACAGAAUUUAACCCUACGUAAACCUGAAAGCCGUCCCUAAAGCUUAUAUGGCCAAUUUUUUUUUCGAAUUA